CUACGCUAGGUUCUGGAAGCCUGCCGCCGGCAUGGACGGCUGCCCUUCCCCAAGGCUGCGGGAGGCUGCGGUUCCUCCGGCCGGCCGGCGAUGGAAAAUGCUGGCCUUGAAUCCUGCUGGAUGCGGUCGACCAGUAAGUCAACCCUGCCCGCUUUGGAGAUCUAGUGAUCUACCCUUGCAUGUGCCCCCAUGAUAGAGCCGUCGGCAGACGCCGACUCCGCUGCCCGCCAUGGCCGUGGGUUGCAGGUUCCGCUCCGAGCGGAGUUUGCGGACAGCCUGGAACAUCCAGAUCCGUUGCCUCUUACAGUGCUCCCGCGACGUGAUGCGGAUUGCUGGCUCCGGGUGGUCUACGCCGGCAGACUCGAUUGCUGGCUCCGGGUGCGGGCAGCCGGCAGCAUGUUGGUUGCGCUAGCUCUGGGAGGACGCAGGGUGAAAAUCGCUGUCGACGGCAGGGUUCUCCGACGAGAUCUGCGCAGUCAAUGGACAGGGUAAAUCCAGAGGCACCGGGGUGGACCAAAAGGUUACGUCUUGGGAGUGCUUCACCGGACAGAACGCCGUGCCCACAUGGGAUGAGUGCUUUAGAGCAGUGAAUUUGCAAGUAUGCGCCUGCUCCCUGCUCGUCGCCGUCCUGGCAUCCCGCUUGUCCCGACAUGCGCCGUCAUUCUGUCUCCGCCGGUGCCACCACUACUCCCUGUUCAUUGCUACCAGACGAGCAAGAUGUCCGAUUCUGCGGUGGACAGGCACAAGACGCCGACGGAGGAAGAGAAUAAGAAUCCGGCGUGCGAGGAUGAGGAGGAAAAGGAUCAGGCGAGAAUGGAGGUGGUUACAGCUGUUCCACUGGUUGAUGAUGAUGAUGCACUGCUAAUAUUGGACUUGCCAGAGCUAAGAGUCAUUUUUUGUGGCCGCCCAGAGAUAGGAAAACUGUGUCUAGUCAAGACCUACUUAGCAACAAAGAGUAAGUGGCAUCUCCAGAAAAUUGAAGUUAAUAGAUACUAAAGCCCCCAUGCUACCUGCUUGUUUUAGUGAAAGGACCAAACCAAACAUCCUUCAUUUUUAGUACUAGUACAUGCCAGUCUUAAUUUUUAUAUAACCAUUAAUCUGAAUUGGAAGAUUAUUAGUAUUAAUCUAUACAAUAGCUUAUUUUCAUCAGUGCUAGCUAGGUGCAUGUCCCAGUCAAUACACGUGUAUGUCCGCAUGUUUGCUAGCUGCAUGUAUGUUAUUUGAACAAAUGAUCGGCAUGAAAAAGCUUGAUAUAAGCUACGAAGUAAAUUCCUGAAACUUUGUUGUAAUGUUCAGGAUAGGUCUUCAGAGCAGCUGCCUUUGACUUGGAAAAGUUCAGGACUAAAAUUUGAUGUUCAGGAGAAUAAAAUUCAUCGUAAAUAUGGGGCUACCAUUGACUUGUCGUUCAUCGCAAAGUUCAGGAGAAUCUGAAUGUAUGUUCAGAACUAUGAAAUCUGGUGUUCAAGCACAUGUUCAGGAUGUGAAAUCUGAAACCUGAAUCCGAUGUUCAAGCUAGCACUGAUGUAUGCUCACUGAAAUUAUGUUAGUUUUAGAACUGCUCGUUGCUGCAUUCGAUAAACUGAAUCUAACAUUGUAUCAAAUGGACCAAAGAUUUGCUCGUUGUUGCAAAUCUGAAUGUAGUUUAAACA